AUUGCUGGCAACCCAGUGCUCUUCAAUGAGAAUGGAGAUGCCCCUGGUCGCUAUGAGAUUUUCCAGUACCAGAUCAGAAACCGAACAGCUGAAUACAAAAUCAUCGGGCACUGGACCGACCAGCUCUAUCUGAAUGUAAGCAUUUUUAUUUUUUUUUUAUAGUUCAUACAGAAGCUGCAGAUACUGUACUUUAGUUAUAUUAUCAGACUCAUCCCCUCCUCAUUACCUUCCUGUGUUUCACCAUUUGUGUCAGUGGCUCUCCUCCGGACACAGCUUUGAUUGGUUGUUGUCGUCUGUUGGUUCUACUGCAGCGCUUCCUUGGCUCUGUAAUUCCUACUGAACCAUUAGCUACUGGCUUUGUGCACACAUCUUUAAAGGUGAAAACAUCCAGAGGGUGCUUUAAUGAUUAACAACACAGACUGGAAUGAAAAGAAAGCAAUAAGAGCUUAAAAACCGAUACAUUGCUAUAGUGACUUCAGACACCAUCCACUGUUUUAGGGAAACAGUAUGGUGCAAUUGUGGACACAUGGGGGUUACAAAGCUAUAACAAUGAAUUACAUGAAGCCGGCCCCUCAAAUAAUGUUUAAACAGAAUAAUAAGAGCUGGCCUUGGGCUAAGAAAGAUAUAAAUAAAAAAGAAGCAUGUUUCUAUGGAGUUGACCUGGUUUCUAUGGAGUUGACCUGUGUCUGUACCACUUUCAAUGCUGUGUACACAGAGUGAAUGGCGUUGUAAAUUAUAGUCCUGGGCACCAAUUCUCUUUCCAUAGGAUAUUUUAGGUCAUUAGGACUCUUAUAGCUGUUAAUUAUAUACACAUUUGGGGGAUGAGUUUGCCGCCCAUGAAUUUAACAACCACCAUCAAUGGCAAAAAAGUUAAUAACAUGACGCUAACUAUACUGUUUUAAAAAAUCAACUAAAGUUUAUCUGUAAAAUACUUUUUUGGGGAGAUGAGAAAGAAGCCCCAAAACUAACCACAUGCCAGUGGUAAUUGUCAUUAAACAAGAAGAGACUGUGUAUGGGUUAUAGUGUUAGUUAUUUGAGAAGUGUUUGACUGUACCCCUCCUCUCCUCUCCAUAUCAAUCAGAUCCGAGCAAUGCACUGGCCAGGUGGAGGUCGACAGAUCCCUUACUCCAUCUGCAGCAACCCAUGCCAGGCCGGAGAACGCAAGAAGAUAGUAAAGGGCAUCCCUUGCUGCUGGCACUGCGAGCGUUGCGACGGCUACCAGUACCAAGCAGACACCUACAGCUGCAAGAUGUGCCGCUUUGACCUGCGUCCCAAUGAGAACCACACGGCCUGCCGUCCCAUCCCCGUCGUCAUGCUGGAGUGGAGCUCCCCCUGGGCCGUCAUCCCUGUCCUCAUCUCCGUGGUGGGCAUCAUGGCCACCCUGUUCGUGGUGGUCACCUUUAUCCGCUACAACGACACGCCCAUCGUCAAGGCGUCAGGCCGCGAGCUCAGCUACGUUCUACUGACAGGUAUCUUCAUGUGCUACGCCACCACUUUCCUCAUGAUAUCUGCCCCUGAUGUGGGCAUCUGCUCCCUCAGACGGAUCUUCCUGGGUCUGGGGAUGAGUAUCAGCUACGCAGCCCUGCUCACCAAGACUAACCGCAUCUACCGCAUCUUCGAGCAGGGAUCCAUGUCGGUGAGCGCCCCUAGGUUCAUCUCUCCAGCCUCCCAGCUGGUCAUCACCUUCAGCCUGACUUCGGUGCAGCUACUGGGGGUGUGUAUCUGGUUCGGUGUGGACCCGUCUCAGGCCAUCAUCGACUACGAGGACCAGCGCAUGGCCAAUCCGGACAUGGCCCGUGGCGUGCUCAAAUGUGACAUCUCUGACCUUUCUCUGAUCUGCCUGCUUGGCUACAGCAUGCUGCUCAUGGUCACCUGCACGGUGUACGCCAUCAAGACCCGGGGGGUGCCGGAGGCCUUCAACGAGGCCAAGCCCAUCGGCUUCACCAUGUACACCACCUGUAUCAUCUGGCUGGCCUUCAUCCCAAUCUUCUUUGGUACCUCCCAGUCCACAGAG